AAAACAAAUUAGUUCAAUACUAUCCUAUGACGUCACUUCAACUGAAAACUAACUAAUUAACCUUACUAUCUGCACAAUUUAUUAGUCCUAGUCACAAUUGAACAAGAUAAUAUCAGAACUAGCUUGACCUUGCAUGUAUCAUAACAGUAACAAAAGCAAUAUUCUAUCGACGAAAUUAUAUAUCAUCGAAAACAAAAGAAAGACGACCUAAAACUAUGGGUUCCAUGUAUUUUCUAGGCUUACGUCUUGACAUUAAACCUGCUUUGACUAGUUCACAAACUCGAGCAAUAUAUUUAACUGCGAAUAAUAAUAGGCAGAGUACAGACAAACGAGCACUAUUGUGCCACGCAUAGGAAUGGCCGUGUCCUUGACAUGUAGCCUCUGUCCGCCCGCCUACUCUGCACCGUCACACCCUAAUCCGAGCCGUGGCUUACAGCCAGUGUUUUGUCGCUGUCGCGGCAACAGGCAGCUUUACCGGCCUUUUACAGGAUUUUUUACAGAUAUUUUUUUAACGUUUACCGCGAGUGGAAAUUUUUCCGUUAUGGGGAACAAAGUUGUGACGUUCACAGAACAGCAACUAGAAGAUUAUCAGGACUGUACAUUUUUUACAAGGAAAGAAAUACUUAGGGUGUUCAAACGCUUCAGAGAGGUGAACCCGGCUUUGGUACCUAAGCGCAUGACAGAGAACCAACCACACACUAUAGCGGUGCCGGUGGAGGAGAUAGAGAAAUUACCAGAACUCAAAGAGAAUCCUUUCAAGCGGCGCAUAUGCCAGGUGUUCUCACAUGACGGCUCCGGAAACCUGACGUUUGAAGACUUCCUGGACAUGAUGUCAGUGUUCAGCGAGGCUGCUCCCAGAGACAUUAAGGCAUGGUACGCAUUCCGCAUAUAUGAUUUAGACGACGACAUGUACAUUGGCAGAGACGAUCUCCUUGAAGCGACGAGACUGCUGACAAAGGGAGAGCUACAUCCGCAAGAGAGAGAGGAGAUAGUCGCCAGUGUGUUGGACGAAGCCGACGUGGACGGUGAUGGGCGACUGUCCUUCAUGGACUUCGAGCAUGUGGUCGUACGAGCGCCUGACUUCUUAUCCACAUUUCAUAUCCGAGUUUAAUUUGAAUAAAGAACUGACGCUG